AUGGCCUUUUUCUACGGGCCUACUGGGAGGCCAGUAGACGCUCCGGAAGAUGGGACUCACAUGGGGGCUUUAAUCAGCAACUUCCGCUCGGUGUCGCGUGGCAGUGUCGGUAAGUCAUCGAGGAGUAUCACUGGACCCCCGGUUGUUGACCCAAAUUGCUGUGCAUCGCAUGUCGAUCGACACAUUCUUCGCUACAGUGUUCGACGUGUAUUGAAACUCCUCGCCGACUCGCUGUCAGACGUUUUCAAAUUGAUUGCCGCAUUCACGGCCAAGGAAGGACAUUUUUCCAUGAGGGUGAAACCGCCAGUAUGGGAAAGCGUCGUUGACACGAAUCUGUUGGUCAAGAACAUGACUGUUUUGCACGUCGUCGGUGCCAGCGUCAUACCUGCGCCGCUCAGUGUGCAUUACCAGGCGGUUCGUUAUGCCCAGGCCAUGAAAGCUGCCAAUCUGAUAACGGCCUCUCACGACCGCUAA